AUGCACGAAUUAGAAUUGGGUGGAAUUGAUACAGUGAUGAGCAAUAGUCAUCGUGUUGAUGAUGAUGAUUAUGAAGGAUUGGAUUUUCUUCAAGCAUUGCAAAGUGGACUCUUAAAGAAGGCUAGAGACUCACUUCUCGAAGAUGAUAAACCUCUCUUCAAAGGAUCAGAGCAUACCUUCACAGACAUGUCUCUCACUCUAGCCAAAUACUUUGCUGAAUCAAAGAGUUCAAAAGCCAAUAUGAACACUCUAAUCACAAUCAUCAACUCGAUCUUUGGACCAAUCCUCAACAAGAGAAUACCCAAACUAAAAACAAUCCUCAACAAGAUUGAAAAUGUAAAGAAGGAUUACGAGCAAGUCUAUUAUUGUGCUAGUCAUGAGCAAAUCAUUCCUAGAGGAGGUGAAUGUAGCAUCUGCAAGGCAAAGAUUGGAAAGUCACCUUACUAUUGGCAUAAGUCCUUCAAAUCCUGUAUUUCAGAAUUGGUGGAAAUAACUGGAUUAGCCAAAUUGAAAGAGGUUGUAAAAAGACCAAGCUUUCUUUCUCACCCCUCAUUAACAACAACAAGAACAACAACAUUACAUUCAACAAUUACAUCAAAUCAAUCUCCACCUCAAUCAUUAGCAACAACAACAACAAGAAUUGGAAAUAGUACCACUACUACUGCUCAACAUCUUCAAACAAUAGCAGAUUGUUGUGAUUCAACAGAAUACGAAAGAAUUACAGGUAAUGGUUGGUGGGAUGAUAAUGCUCUUUGCCUCACACUGAGUGCUGGUACUGAUGGUGCAUUCUCCAUUCAAGAAUUGUUAGAAAUUGGACAUGCUGGGUGCAAUGGUUGUCGGUUCUGUAACCUUCUUGGUAGAAAGGAUAAAGAUACAGGUGUUAUUUAUUCAUCCAUUAGUGGUUGCAAUAGCAGUGGCCAAGGUAACCCAAUUACACGAAAUUGGGAACAAAUGAAACCAAAUUUUAUCAAACUGUACAAGAAUGAAAUUCCAUCCUUUGAAGGAGUUUCGGGUGUUUCCAUUCUAUUAAGGUUACCCUAUUUUAGAGGGACAACACAGGUACUCAAUAGAAUUGUUGUUCUCUAUGAUAGACACCUUCCAGAUAUUAAUAAAAACCUCUUAUCUAUCAAUACUCCUUCCAUGUAUCACAGACAAGUGAGAGAUUUGAGUAAUUUGGCUCACUAUAAAGCCAUUGAGUUUUACAUGAUAUUUGCCUAUUGUACAUCAGCUUUUCAAGGAAUUUUGAGUCAAGCCCAUUAUUCAAUCAUGGUUGGAAUUAAAGAUCUCAUCUCUACCAUUAUGAAUCCCUUCCCAAAGGACAAUACUCGAAUCAAAUUGUUCGACUAUGAAGUUAGCACUCUACUUCAAAAUGUUGAAAAGGAGUUUGGCUCUAAUUGUUGUACAUUGGCUACACAUUCGGUAAAACAUUUUCCAGAUUCAAUUUGGAAUACUGGACCACUCUAUGCUACGAGUACAUUUGUUUUAGAGGAUGCAAUUGGUACAAUCAUCUCCACCAUUAAGAAUGGUAAGGUGAAUAUGGAUCACAAGGCACUCCAAUGUUGGAAGAUUUUCCAACUCUUCUCAUUUAGAACGAGAUCAUUUGGUUAUCAAUUUUCAAAAGGAGAUGCACUUUUAAUGAAUAAUGUAAAAUACAUGAUUAUGGGAAAGUAA